AUGGCCCGACCCAACUCCCCUGACGCUACCCACAUUCCACCAAUUCUGAAACCACUCGCUCCUUACGUCAGGUCGCGCCAGGAAACCCUUCAAAUUCGCCAGGCGUUGACGUCUUAUCUGCGCUCAUUUAUCGAAUUCGACGAUCAGUCAAGUGAUCAUGCUCACUCCCACCUCUCCCUGUGUACGUCGACCGAUGGUAUUGCCGGUGUCAAACGUAUCCCUACCGACCUCCCGGGGCUGAGAAAGGAUUAUCUCAAGGCAUUGGCCGCCAAUGUUGCAGCCCGCAAAGACUUCGCCUUGGCGUCUGAGAAUGUCGCCUCGUUAAGGCGCCAGAGGACGUCCCCGAACCGCCCUUCUGACCACGCGGAUCUCCAAGAGCCCGGCACCGAACUUCGUGAAUACCUUGCCCUCCUACGCGAUCAACGCCGCCAUACCAAGCUGCAGGUGUUCCAGAAUUAUCUCGAGGAAAUUAAAACGCGCGAUGCGGGCAGCUUGGAGGACGUUGGCAAUGAUGGGGAGCAAAUAUUGUUGCCAGAGGUUGAUACAGAGGCGGGGCACAAUGGCACUGAAACAGACUUGGGUGGACUAGUGCAUAGCCUCGAGAGAGCAGUUGUCCAUGCGAGAACUCAAUUGGACCAUCAAAGGCAAUUGUUUGAGAAAGCCAAGGCACAGCAUGAUCCCCAAACUGAGACUUCAGAUGCCAAAGCAAAAGCAUUACAAACGACUCGGGAUGAGCUAGUACAAUGGGUGGAGGAACGGCUGGUUGGUCAAGGGGAUCCGGAUGAGAGCCUGCUCCAAGAGCUUUCCCCGAAGGAAAUCGAGGAAGCCCAGCGAGGGCUAGAGAAUCGCAAGAUGCAGAUUACGGAGCAAUAUGCUGCUUAUUUGCGAGCCCGGCGAGAUCUCCUUGAUGCCGCCUCCAGGGCUUGUCAGCCUAUUAAUGUGACCCAGAAGCCUCCAUCACGCUCAAUCAACAAAAACGAGCUCGUCAUGGCAGAAAUGCCACCACCCAACCCAAUCGACGUUCUAUCAUACACAAACGAAAACCUGGUCCCGCUAUAUAAGAGUCAAAAGUCGCUGGCUCAGCAGAAAUCCUAUUUAUCCGGCUUACUCUCAAAAGAAAAGUCUACGACUCUCCGUGCUCUCAAUCGUCUGAGCGAUGAAUCCCACCUACUCCCCGAAUAUCCCACUCCCGCCCGCCAGCCACGGGCUACUGCUCUUAGCUCGCGAAUCCAGACGCAAACCUCCGAUCAGACCCCGGAUGAGGUUGUUGGUCUUGCUGAAGCAUGGGCAUUUGCUUCUAAUGCUGCAGCUGCCAAUGGACGAGACUUUGUUCAGCAAAAGAUCGCAUUGGGUACCGAGGUUGCACAGGAUGCCCGACAAACCCUGGCUGAUGUAUGUAAAACUCUCAAUCAGGACUUCGAUGAGGUCAUGCUGGAGGGUCGGGAGAACCUAAAGGGCUCGGAUUCCUGGGCCUCCGAUGUUCGCUCCGCGAAGGGGGUGUCGAGGGGUGGUGGGUCUCGGAUUGAGAAACAACCGAGUGGUCCUUGGUCAGGUUUGAAUGGCAGAGUUGGGGUUAUAGAAUAA